CAUUUCAGAUUAUUAGAAAGUAAAAGAAAGCAUACAAAUUUUGAACCUUUCGUACACCCAUGGCUGAACCUUCCGUUUCCGUUUCCGAUUGUAACGAUCUCAAUUCGCAAGAACAACCCGUUCUUGCCGCCGCCGCCGCCGCCGUAACCGAACCGAUUGCAGUUUCUCAUCAACAGGACCCCAACAAACUUGAAGACAAGAAGAAACGCCUCUUGGAAGAACUCGAAUCUGCUUUGAUCCCACCUCCGAUUCCCAAACCCGUUCACAAACCUAAUCGCUUAGGUUUUGGAAUUGAGGUGAUUGACGAAACCGCUUUACUUGAUAGCAUUCCAAAGAACAUCGGAAAACAAUCAAGAAGAAGAGCUUCCAAGAAGAUUCACAAGAAAGCUGUAACUGUCAAUGAGAGUGAGGAUCUUGUUGCAAGAAACGUCGUCAUCAGUAGCAGCAGUAGCAGCAGUGACAAUGAGAGGAAAUACUCUCGAGAGGAAAUGGAGACUCUGAGAUUUGUGAAUGUCUCCCAGCAGCGCAAAUUCUGGAAAAAGAUAUACGCUGCUCUUCAAUCCACCUUCACCGGCGAGUAUGAUACUUUGGUUGCCGCUCCCAACAACCCUAUUCCGUUCGUUCCCAACAAGAAACCCAUUCUCGCUGAAGAGUGCAUUGAUAGUGAGGAUGAUUAUGCUAGCAUCCAGAGGCCGGCUUUUCAAGUAGACGGGGAACCUGAUUUUGAUUCUGGUCCACCGGAAGACGGAUGGGAAUAUCUUAGGCGUGUCAGGUGGGAGGCACAUCAAAUUCCUAAUGUGAAGAUAUCCAAACUUGAUAGAAGUAAACUUACAAAGGAACAAAGUCAUUAUAUGCCACAGAUUCCUGAUAUUGCCAAGUGUCCUGAGCAUCUGUUGCCAUUGAAACAGUGGGAGGAUGCAUUUCUUGCAGAAUUUUCUGCACUAAGAGCGAAUCUGUCAUGCCUUGUUGAAGAAGGUUCAAACACCAUGCAGUCUGGCAAUGAUUUUGGAGUCAUGAGCAGAGAUAUCCUACUUUGUAAUAACAUGAGCAUUGCUAAGGCUGAUCAACCUACUAUCUUGGCUGGCAAAAAUGAGGAUAGCAUUAUGCCUCUAGAGAAUCCUGGAUCGAAAACUUCCAUAGAUCAAACUUGCAGCAAUAUUCCCACUCCUCCCCUGCUUUCUGCAAUCCUAGGAAUGGACUCUGUAGCCCGAGUAUCAAUGUUGCUGAAACGAAUUCGCCUGCUGGAACCUGAAAACACCAUCACCAGAAUUGAUUGCUUGUGGCUUUUUGCUCUAUGUGCAGCAGUAGAUACUCCACUAGAUGCAGACACUUGUGCUGCACUCAGGAGUCUACUGCGAAAGUGUGCCAACAUUCGUGCUGGAAAAGCUGAACUGGAUGAUGAGGUUGUAAUGUUGAAUAUAUUGGCUACAAUUUCGGGGAGAUAUUUUGGACAAUCUGAAAAUUGAAUUUCCAGCUUGUAAGGCUUCUUAUGUUUUAGAAUUGGGAUGGUUAUAAUUUUUCAGACGAUGCAUAAAAUGUUAUGUAUGGUUCUAAGAAUUUCUAAUAUACGCCUUAAUAUUAUAACCAAGUCAUUAUUGCUUUACAAUUCAAGUACACUUGACAACCAACAUGGGGUGACACAUUUAACUUUUGGUCCCUAAAUUACGUGUUCAUGUAUUUAUUGGGAUAACACCUAUAAGGGAUUAGAAUCCUCAUGUGAAAAAAAAUUGAAGAAAUAAUGUGAAUGAUCUUUAGACCAAUGUAAUAUAAAGAGAGGAUUAGUAUUAAAAUGUGGGGGGAAAAAAGAAUAGGUUGAGAUGUAAAAAUUGAGAAAACAUGACUAAAAAUGGCGUGGAUUAGGAAAUAUUAUUAGGCCCUUAAAUAGUCUCUAGGUUCUGGGUGUGGUAGGGGUGGACAUCGGUUGGGUUGGAUCGGUUUUCGGGCCCAAAUUCCCAAUCCGACCUAACCAUCGGUUGGAAAAAACAUAACCAAAACCGACCGGUUUGCAAUUCGGUUA